AUGGCAAUUGCAUUGGCUGAGGCAGACAAGUAUGAGGUGCUGGAAAGGAUUGGUUGUGGUUCCUUUGGAAUCAUUCGCAAAGUGAAGCGAAAGACCGAUGGCUUCAUCCUUUGUCGCAAAGAAAUCAACUACAUCAAGAUGUCCCAGAAGGAGCGCGAACAGCUCACCGCCGAAUUCAAUAUCCUCAGCUCCCUCCGGCACCCGAACAUCGUCGCAUACUACCACCGAGAGCAUCUCAAGGCAAGUCAGGACCUGUACUUGUAUAUGGAAUACUGCGGAGGUGGUGAUCUCGGUAUGAUCAUCAAGACUCUCAAGAAGUCGAACAAAUACGCAGAGGAGGAAUUUGUGUGGCGCAUAUUGUCACAACUGGUCACCGCUCUAUACCGUUGCCAUUAUGGUACGGAUCCAGUGGAAGUAGGAUCGAAUGUCCUGGGCCCUGGCCCAAGGCCUUCUGGUCUCAAAGGGAAGCAGGCCCAGAUGACUAUCCUACACCGUGACUUGAAGCCAGAAAACAUCUUCCUGGGUAGUGACAACACAGUCAAACUCGGUGACUUUGGUCUGUCUAAGCUCAUGCAGUCCCAUGACUUUGCUUCAACAUACGUUGGCACUCCCUUCUACAUGUCACCCGAGAUCUGCGCUGCUGAAAAAUACACACUGCGCUCCGACAUUUGGGCGGUCGGUUGCAUCAUGUACGAACUUUGCCAAAAGGAGCCCCCCUUCAACGCCAGAACGCAUAUCCAGCUUGUUCAGAAGAUCCGUGAAGGGAAAUUCGCUCCUCUGCCGGACUAUUACUCCCCUGAGUUGAAGAACGUCAUCGCAAGCUGCUUGCGCGUCAACCCGGACAACCGUCCUGACACUGCCGCCUUGAUCAACCUCCCCGUCAUCCGCUUGAUGCGAAAGGAGAAAGAAGUCGUCGACCUCGGUAGAACACUUCGACGACGUGAAGAGGCAGCGCUUCAAAAGGUUAGGGAUAUGGAGCAGACCUUCGCAAAGAUUGAGAAGGAAAAGCAACAGGUGAAGGCCGAAAUCGAAAACACUGUUCGCAGAGAGUGGGAAGUGAAGGCUAGACUGGAGAUUGACCGUCAGGUGCAGAGCGAACUGGAAAAGCUUCGCAAGAGAUUCGAAACCGAGGUCAACGACAGAGUUGCGGCGGAGGUUGAAAAACAGAAGAAGAAUAGCAACAACUUCAGAGACGACAGUGGAUCCCGACGUUCCCAGUCUUCCAACCAUGGAGAUGACACGGAUUAUCCUUCAAGCACCGACAUCACCCAGCUGUCCUUGGAAUCCCCAACUGCCAAUGCAGCCAAGCCUGUCAAGAAGGAGACACGGACCCCCUUUAAUCGUUCCAAGACAGUGGUCGAUUCGCCCGUUGACGUGCAGAUGGCCGAGCCCUCCCCAAUUUCCAUCGCAUCUCUUUCUUUGUCGCCGCGUCGUACUUCAGGCGCAGGGUCGGGCAAAAACAUUUUCGCAGAGGCAGAACGGCAGAAGACGAAAUGGGAGCCUACUCUAGCAUACUCCGAUGAUGAAGAUGAUAUCCCCGACUUGCCCUCCCCUACUCGGCCCAAGGUGAAGCCUGAUCCUUUCAAGGCACCUUCCCGGCCCCUUCUCCGACAGAACACAGCUGCUUUCAUGCAGAAACUGAGCACCCAGCCUCCGCUUUUCCCCUCAAACCCCUCAAGGCUUCCUCAGAUGUCGGGAGGUGGCCAGCCUGAGCUUCCCCAGCGAGAGUCCAAGUCUAGAUCUCCUCACCGACGCCUGUCCAAGAUUCCAUCUUCUGCAAACUUGGCUGCAGAUGCCGGAUCCCCCACUCGCAAGUCUGGAGUGAAACAGGUCCCAACCAAAGCCAACGGUGGCGGUGAAGAGAUGUUCAAGGCUGUUAUGCAGCGCAACAUGGGCGGCAGAACUCUGGUAGAACUUGCACAAGCAAGAGCCGGUGGUCGUCCUAUUGACGAAGUCAAGAGGGCCUCCAGCGACUCUCGCAGCACAGCAUCCUCUAAUUCCUUGAAGUGUUCAGACCGAGAGCCACCAGCUGUGUGGGAUCCAGAGAGGGACGAGAUGCCGAGUCCUUUCCUGGCCCGAGGCAGAAAGGUCAUCCGUAACUUGAGGUAA